AUAGCGGGAUCUGGGAACAGUGCCAGAGACCUCUCAUCCAGGAAGUGACUUUUUCUCCAUUACCCGACUCUGCGUAUAAAGCGGAACCUUUGCGUAAUGUUGCCACUCUGAAUGACUUUAGUCCCGGACCACUGGGAGAAGUUUGAAGAACAGUAUUUUAAGUACCGCGACUUGUGUCCAAAGUGAGCGCGUCUGAGCGACGGAUGCUGCUGAAGUGGCAGCGCUCCUGCCUUCGUCUUUGGUAUCAUCUCAAGUAUGGCUUACUCUCAAAUGGCGUUUUCAUACCCUACAGCACCACAGUUUCUGAUGGCGUCCAGUCCUCUGAAUGCGUGUUUGGAGCCAUCCACGCCCCCGUCCCACAUAGUGCAGUGCUCCCCGGGACACCAGCUCACACCUGGGUCAGGCAUAGGUGUGUACAGCCGGCCCUAUCCUAAGAGCCAGACGUACUACAGCAGCUGUACCAACGACGCCACAGCGCUCUACUCUAGAGGUGCACCUGAGCCAAAAGAUGGAGCAACCUCUGUGCACGUGGGCUCCUCACAGACACCUGCUUACUAUCCCUAUGAGUACACAUUUGGACAGUAUCCCUAUGACAGAUAUGGGUACAGCUCGUCAGAUGGAGCGUCCCGACGGAAGAACGCCACACGAGAGACCACCAGCACGCUGAAGGCCUGGCUCCAGGAGCACCAGAAGAACCCCUACCCCACUAAAGGAGAGAAGAUCAUGUUAGCCAUCAUCACCAGGAUGACCCUCACACAGGUGUCCACGUGGUUUGCCAAUGCUCGCAGGAGGUUGAAGAAGGAGAACAAGGUCACAUGGUCUCCUCGCGCCUGUAAGAGCUCAGAUGACAGAGGCGGAGAUGACAGUGAUGAGGCAGAGAAGCCCCUCCAAUGUGACCACGAUAUGUCAGAGCAGCAGUGUGGCGAUCUGCAGAGUGACCUGGAGGACUUUGACCUGCUAGAAUCCGAUGCUUCAGAUUCAGAACCUAAACCCCCGUUUCUCCCUGAGGACCCGGACUCCACCCCUCUGUCACAUAGCACAGACAUACUACAGGAGCAGAGACUGUCUCCUGACUGUCACAAACUCACCCCCGUCCCCCCACAGACCACCUUCUACCCUGGCCCAGAGCUCCGGAGCACCAGUGACAAGCCCAAAAUCUGGUCUAUCGUCCCCUUAGAGGAGGAGCAGCAGCCAGACUUCCCGUCCUGCAUGCUGUCCUGUGCAGGCUCCCUUUCCCCACACUACACCUCCAGCAUGGCUGUGUCCAAGGCAAAGCAACAGCUGGAGUCGCCAGUGGCAACGCUCCGAGAAUGGGUGGAUGGAGUUUUUCAUGGUCCACCUUUUCUCCAGGCCAAGUCUCCAGAAGGAGGAUGGAAAGGUCUACAGGAAAAUAUAACGGACAGUAACAGGACGCAAGGACCACUGUGAACAAAUGUAUUUAUUUAUUAAGGGCAUCUGAGGACAACUGAUUUAUUCAUACAUUGCACCAUUUCCAAGAAUUUAUUUAUUUCAAAUGCAAUUAUGAUUAUAUGACCACACUAAGUGAACUUUCCCAUGACAUUCUAAUUUAAUGGCAUGCUCCCAUGUAUCCUAUAAUCCAGUCAACAAAGUUGCCAUUUUUACAAACCUUUAGGAAUAAUUAAUUUUAAUAACAUUUCUUAUUGAAAGUUAUAGAACUGUUUUGUUCUGGAAAAGUCAAAGGGAAAGAUAAAGGUUAAUUUGUGAACUUAAUUUUUCAAUAGAAAAUGCUUUAUUUGCAUGCAGUUCUUGGCCAUGUGAAGAACACAACACAAGUUGUUUUUGAUCAACUGUCAUGAGUUUGUAUAGGAGUGUAAAGAAGAGAGAUGGAAAUACAUUGGCCCUUUGUAGAUGAACAUAACAGUAAAUCUGUGAGCAUGAGCUUCCAUGUUGCUGUGUCCAGAGACCUGUAGCGGUUGUGCUUGACAGCUAUGUGAGGAAAAUGUGAGGAAACUGCACUCUGGAUUUUGGACUGUUUGAGAAAUACACAUAGAACAAGAAUUUAUUGGUUUGCACAUGUACACUGGCAACAUUUCUUUAAGUCUCUGGACUGUAAUAGAUAUCUGGGCUACUGUACACCUGUAUACAUUUCUACAUUUUCAAGUGUUUGAUCCAUACCACACUUGGGCCUUAUUUUACAGAGACUUAUGCAGUAUGUGUCAUCACAGAUUUCUCAGUUAAGU